AUGUGGGAUGACACCACUCCCAAUUGGGGUGGCACGUCGGUGUUGGAGAUCAAGGGUCACCCAAUACCCAUUGUCUAUUGGAAGGACAUUUGUAUGAAUUCUAACUGUGGAAGCCCGUGGAAGCCGCGCCAAUGGCAUGGUAUGAAGAGCAAGUGGUUCAACUGGAAGGUCGUUGUGCAUCGCUACCGCCAAGAAACAGACACCAGCUUUUGGGACGAGUUUUCACAUAAUGGGCAGCGGCUCUGCUUCACGAAGAUCAUCCAACGACUUUCAGAGCUUCGCAAGGAUGAAGACCACGCCACAGCUGAACACGCUAGGGCUGAGUAUGCCACCGACUUCCCGACUUUCUUUUCGUACAAAAAGAAUGGGGUUUCUCAUAUCAAGACGAAGCCUUCAGAUAUCACAAAGACAUAUCGAUUACUCAAAGGAAUUUCUGGUGGAGAUUCAGAUGGCAAAGAUUGA